AUGAACCGGAACAGCACUCCGGAAGCCAGUGCGGCUUCGUCUCUCCGUCCGCCGCGAACGGUCGGCACGGCCCAACACCUGCGAGCUUCGGCUGACAUGGCUACCCUGGCGGGCCCCGCCUCGUCGAACCGCAUCCGACCCUCUUCCGAUUUCUACGGCCAGCAAGGCCAAGGUCAAGGUGGCGGGGAUUCUGAUCCGCAGGAGAAGGUGACCCAGCAGUGGAUUGCCGAUAUUGACCAGUACGAAACCACAUUGGAGGAGAUGGCCGCUGCCACCUUGGACCAGGACUUCAAGGACGAGCUUAGUGCUAUUGAACAAUGGUUCCGUGUCUUGUCGGAAGCGGAGAGGACUGCUGCUCUGUACGCAUUGCUACAGCAGACCACCCAGGUCCAGAUCCGCUUCUUCAUCCAGGUGCUGCAGCAGAUGGGCAAGAACCAUCCCAUGUCCGGUGUUCUGUCACCAUCCAACUUCGAUAAAGAUCCGAUGUCGAACCGGUUGAGUGAUGCUAUGGGCAAGUUGAAUGUGACGUCAGCUAGAAACUCGAUUUCGCAACCGCAAGCUUCUGCUAAGAGACUCUCCGCGCUGGACCCCGAGACCAUCAAGGCCAUGUUCCCUGAUGCUGCCGCUGCCAUCGAGACUGAGAAAGCCAAGUUCACCCAGCAGACCGGGAACCAACCUCCGUCGAACCGCAACAGCGCCGCUGUCGACGUGCGUAGCUCCCUGGCUGCCCCUACGAUUUCGGGUCCAUCUGAGGGACGCGAUUCGAACGGACAAAACCCAAAUUCCCUGUGGAGUAACGAUCAGGGAGGGUCAAGGCCCAAGUCUUCCUCAGGGCAAGCACCCAUGGGACAAUUUGUCCAGCCACCACCUUCUGCGGGAUUGAGAUCUCCUCGUCCACAGAUGGGGGGCAAUGGUAACAUUCAGAGCACCACUCUCAAUGCGCCUGACAACUCUGCCUCCGACAUGCCUAUGCUCUCGCCCUAUGGUGGAAGCGGCAAUUGGGCCUCCAUGGUAAACACUCCGAUGGUGGGGUCCUUUAACACAGGCAACGCUGCCUCCAACCAGGCAGAUAUGGUAGCCAAUGCCACGGCGAUGAAGUUGGCAGCGCUGUCGACGGUUAACAACCGCUUCGCCCUGGAUGACCCUCGCAAAUACCGCAGGGCUCGGUCCAACGACGCCCCUGGCCAGAACCAGGGUGGAAUCUCUGCCGGACCCCAGGCAGCGAACUUCCCUGGUACGAAUUUUGUCAUGGUGAAUGAGCACGGCCAGGUUAUGAACAGGGAUCAGGUGCUUGCCAUCCAGAAUCAGCAGAGUAUGAGUGGCAUGGGUCACAUGGGUGGCAUGGGUAACAUGGGCGGCAUGGGCGGCAUGGGUGGCUUCGGCGCUCACCGAUCUCGUCCGAACUCUCCUGGAAUCGCACUGCAGCCGGCAGGAUUAGCCCAGCAAAUGGCUUUUGCUUCCCCCCAGACUAAUGGUUAUCUGAGCGCGUCUCAGAAUCCGCUACUAAGCAGUGGCAUGGGUACAAUCAAUAUGGGCCAGUUCGGCGUAGGCGCCCACGAGGGUUACCUAUCGGAUCACUCCGACAUGGUUCGUGGACGAUCGCCUCGAGGACGUAGGGGUACCUCGAAGCCGCCCGAGGACCCGACGGAUCCCACCCUUCUCCAAGAUAUUCCGGCGUGGCUGAGGAGUCUACGACUACACAAGUACACGGACAACCUGAAGGAUCUGAAGUGGACUGAUUUGGUUGAAAUGGACGACGAGGCUCUCGAGAAGCGUGGCGUAAAUGCACUGGGUGCACGAAGAAAGAUGCUCAAGGUCUUUGAGCAAGUCAGAGAUGCCAAGGCAGAUGGCAAGCUGGCCUAG